AUGCCCAGGCUUUCCCAAGACGACCAAGAGUGCCUCCAGAAACAUGCCUCCCGGCCAUCCAUGUGGACUCAAUUCCUGCUCCUGUUUAGGGAUGAGAGAUACAAUGCAAACAUUCGCCAAACCACAGAAAACGAAGGGGACCCCAAGGCUGCACCUGAUGUCAAGCCCGCGGCGUCGGAGCCCCCGGAGAUGCGCAAGCGGCAGGUGCCGGCCGCCCACCAGGCCCCCGGGGCCCCCGGCGCGCAGGGAGCGGGGAGUCGAGGGUCCGACGCCUGCUGCUUCUGCUGGUGCUGCUGCUGCAGCUGCUCCUGUCUCACUGUUAGAAACCAGGACCAGAGACCCACGAGAGCUUCCCAUGAACUCAGAACAGAUGAUCUUCCAACCUGUGAAGAAAGCCCAUCUCCUACGCUGGAAGAAGUCAACACCUGGGCUCAGUCAUUCGACAAAUUAAUGAUCACCCCAGCGGGAAGAAACGCUUUCCGAGAAUUCCUCCGAACAGAAUUCAGUGAAGAAAAUAUGCUUUUCUGGAUGGCCUGCGAGGAACUGAAAAAAGAAGCUAAUAAAAACAUUAUCGAAGAGAAAGCAAGGCUCAUAUAUGACGACUACAUUUCUAUUCUUUCUCCUAAAGAGGUCAGCCUGGACUCCCGCGUGCGCGAAGUCAUCGACAGGAACAUGGGGGAGCCGUCUCGGCACGUGUUUGACGACGCGCAGCUGCAGAUUUACACGCUGAUGCACAGAGACUCGUACCCCCGCUUCAUGAACUCUGGCCUCUACAAGGACUUGCUUCGGUCUUUAUCCGAGAAAUCAGCGGAAGCGUAGGGUUUUUCAAAUGUAUUUAUUAUUAAUAAAAUAACAAAAGAAUUCAUGGACUACAUCUAGCGCAGGGAGUUUAGAGGUAGUGAUGUCUUCUGCUGCAGUCAU